ACCUAGCCAAGCAGCAGUGCCGUACAGACUUGUAUCGGAGAAUUGCUACAAUAGUGUAGUAGAAAAGUGAUCAAUCCAUUGAGUUUCUUGAAACCCAGAGAUGCCUUCGCAUGUGAAAUUACAAACGGGAUAAUUAAUAAACAGACAAAAGAAGGCCAAUCCUAAAUCCACUCAUCUUAACAGAAGUAGAGACGUUACAAUUGGAGGAAAUUGCCAGCAAAAUUACUCCUUUGGAUUCUCUACAGUCACAGGCGCUCCGAAUUUAAAAAGGUCAAGCACCAAGGUGGUAUGUUAUAGCAGGUCAAUGACUUGUUAUGUGUGAUUACGACCAUGAAUAGACAUGUGAAUCUUUCAAUUACCUACGUCAACAAUAUCCCACAGGCAGUCAAAUUGUAUCUUAAUUUGUAAUACCAUGAAUAAUAUACAUUGUUAUAUCUUACUUUAAACAUCACAUUGAUCCUAUCAGGAGGAAACUUCGUGAACAGACUAGAUAAACGACCUGUUGAUGAUCUUCAUUCGGAGUAAACUUGCUUAUUUGGAGGAUCGGCGCUAUAUGAAUAAGAAUACGAAGGAUCAUACCAUUAUCUCAGAUGCAUCUUGAAGAAAGACCGGGCAUCAACACAGCCAUGGAGAAAACUACAACCGAGGCAACAACGAUUGGCUAUGGUUCUACAGGAAUAUACCUGAACUUUGCCAACAUGUCGUUCGAAGAAAUUCAAAGGCGACUAGACAAUUUCAGUCAAGAACAACCAGAACAUUUGGAUAUUUUGCAGGACCAAAGAUGGAGAAUUGCUACAGUAGUGAUUUACAGUAUUGUGAUUCUGUUUGGAUUCCUGGAAAAUAUGGUAAUCGUCUUUGUUCUUAUAAAACAUCAGCACCUGCAUGUGCCAACGAACAUUUUCAUCCUGGGACUGGCAGCCUCUGAUAUUCUGCUGUGUGUGUUCAAUUUGCCGUUUCAGCUUCAUUACCAACUUACCAACCAAUGGGCAUUUGGAAAAGCGCUGUGCAAAGUUGUCAUGCCCACCUAUGGUAUACCGGUGUUCGUCUCGACCAUGUCGAUUCUAAUGAUUGCCAUUGACAGAUACAUUCUCAUAGUUCAUCCAUUUCGCCAACGUAUGACAUCCCAAAUUGCUGUUGGACUUGUUGCCUCUAUUGCUACACUUGCUGUAUUGCUGACGAUUCCACUUAUCGUUCAAAUGGAGUACACAGUAAUUGACUUUCCUGAACUUAAGAUUUAUCAAACAUACUGCUCUGAAAUGUGGACAAGUUUAAAACUUCGCCAUGCCUACACAGUUUCAAUCCUAGUUGUUCAGUAUUUUAUGCCCCUAAUUGUGACAUCAUUUUUAUACAUAAGAAUUGGUAAUGUUUUAACACGAAGGCCGAUCAAAAAGAAGGAAAAACGGCAUAAACACAAAACGAACAAAAUACUAAUUGCCAUAGUUUUAUUUUAUGCGAUAUGCUGGACACCCUGGACAAUGCUUGCACUUAUGUUAGAGUUUUACCCAAACAUCAUUCCUGGAAGUCAUAUAAAACUAUUUGAUCUUCUUUUAAAAAUAUUCGCAAUGGGGUCGGCGUGUAUUAAUCCUUUUAUGUACGGAUGGCUCAAUGACAAUUUCCGAAAGGAGUUUAACAUACUAAUGCGAAGACAAAGCAGAAGUCGUGUAAGAACAAAUGGAAAUACAUACACUUUGGCGGAACAUUCCAGAAUUGAACCUGCGUUUGACACGAAUAAAUGUCCAGCGUCCAUGGUGUAAAUUUUAAGGAUCAUUAAUAUACCUUUAUUGGUUUGGAAGCGUAAUUUAUAUCUAUAACAUUAUCACAUGUUGUUUAAUUCAUAAUAUCAUCAAUUAAAAGGGGCAUGCAAGCAGUGCUGUUAUUUACAAUAGCUUUUGGGUGAAAUCUCUUUCUACAAAAAAAAACAACGGUAUUUCUGAAACUGUUCUUGAAUGAUGUUCAUGAUUUCUAAAACAUCUUAAAAAAGAGAAAUUGUUCGUCAGUAUAUUUGAGAUGGGUUUUUGUCAUAUUGUAUAUUAAUUGUUUUGUGUAGCAAUAUGAAUACCCUUUUUUCAGUUGUGAAUUAACUCUUCGGUCAUGCCCGGAAUUUUAAAUUACAUUGUGAUAUGUAAAGUUUGUAUGAACAAUGUACAAUUGGAAUACAACGUUCAUGUUGU